AUGGCUUCCCUUCGCACCGGUCUCCGCGUUGCGCAGCCCCUGCGCGCCGGCGCUCGCAACUUUGCUCGUCCCUCGAUUCGCUCAAGCGUUCGCCACUACAGCAGCCCUGCUCCUGGUUCGCCCCCUCCUCCGCAGCCCUCGUCGAGCUCGUCGACUAGCAAGGUCUUGCUCACAUCGGUGGCCAUCGCUGCUGCCGCCGGUGGUGCCUUCCUCGCCUUUGGCCAGGAUGGCAAGAAGUCAAUCCUUGGUGUCGGUCCGGAGGGCGCCAACAAGCUGCAGGGCCCCAAGGGCUCGGUAGGAGGCCCCACCACCAGCGCCCACUCCAAGGCGGACUACCAGGCUGUCUACAAUGCCAUCGCUGAGGAGCUCGAGUCAAACCCCGAGUACGACGACGGCUCGUACGGCCCCGUGCUCGUGCGUCUCGCAUGGCACGCUUCGGGCACCUACGACAAGCACAGCAACACGGGCGGCUCGAACGGUGCCACGAUGCGCUUCGCUCCCGAGUCGGAGCACGGUGCCAACGCCGGUCUGGGUGUUGCGCGCGACUUUAUGGAGAAGAUCCACAAGAAGUUCCCCUGGAUCACCUACUCUGAUCUGUGGACGCUGGGCGGUGUCACUGCCAUCCAGGAAAUGGGCGGUCCCAAGAUCCCCUGGCGCCCUGGCCGCAAGGACGCCACUGCCGACAAGUGCACUCCCGAUGGCCGACUGCCCGACGGUGACAAGGGCCAGGACCACCUGCGCUACAUCUUCUACAAGAUGGGCUUCAACGACCAGGAGAUCGUCGCUCUCUCGGGUGCCCACGCGCUUGGCCGAUGCCACGCGGACCGAUCCGGUUUCGACGGCCCCUGGACGUUUGCUCCCACCUCGUUCACCAACGAGUACUUCAACCUGCUCAUGAACGAAAAGUGGAACCUGCGGAAGUGGAACGGUCCCCCCCAGUUCGAGGACAAGUCGACCAAGAGCCUCAUGAUGCUCAUGACCGACAUGGCCCUGGUCCAGGACCCUUCGUUCAAGAAGCACGUUCAGCGCUACGCGAAGAGCGAGGAUGAGUUCUUCAACGACUUCCGCGGUGCUUUCGCCAAGCUUCUCGAGCUCGGUGUUCCCGCCGAGAACUUCAAGCUCUUCGAGACCAAACUCGACGGUGGCAAGCCCUUCGAGUUUGCUACCUCUGCCGAGCAGGAGAACGCCAACUAA